AAAAUUAAUUGUUCGUGUUCAGUUGUGCAGUCUGCCACUUGCCAGUCACGCCGCACAGUCGUGCAGAAUUCACCUCAUUCUCAGACUGAUUUUCUUGGGUGAAAUAGUGAAAUACUGAAAUUCUUCGAGUCAGAGCCUGCAGCAGCUCGAUCGAGCAACAUUUCAUCUGAUCGUGUUAUUACACAUUUUAUUACAGUAGCUACUUUUUGCUACAUCGCUCUAGUUUGUAGCUGUUUAACAGCAGUUAACGACAGUGUGGACCUUUAUCGCUUGGAGACACAAAUUGUUGCGCGUGCGCGGUAAGUACAGUUGGUCCGCCGCGGAUUUGCACACAGGUGGCGAAGAAGCGUGGUUUGAUUGUCUGUGCUUGACGAAGUUCCAUCGAGCAGCUUGAUUAGCGUUUAUCCGUGGAACGCCAUCGAGAAGUCUGUACUCUGUAGUAUUUAAUUUGAGCCUGAAUCGCGAGUGAGCCAGAGCGCUCCACGUUGCUGACGAAGAGACCUGUUGGGGAGGCCUUCUGAGUUCUCAUCCGAGUUGCCGUUGCGGACCAGAAUCCCCAGUUGGACGUCUGGCCAGGCAUUGAUUGCCAAUUUGCCAGUGACGUGACGACGCUGAAAACUGCGCCCUGAUCAUCCUCAGCAACUGGCUUCCGUCUCUGAUUCCUUUACUCAGCAGCUAGAUUGUUGACUGCGCUUCCAGUGCGUUUGAUUCUUGUCUUCACUCACUUGGGAAUGGUGGAUUGGUUGCCGGAUGUUGGUAGUGGAGCGCCGUCGUUGAUUGAUCCUCUCUCUGCGUCCAAUAGCCAUCCGUGGUUAUUGCUGUCGGUAGCCCUGUGAGUGGGCCCCUCUUUAUGCAUCCCUCUUUCUCCCGCCGUCGCCGCGCCCGUUGCUCCUCCGCCCGGCUGUCGCCGCCAUGGUCAGCUGACCCCUGUGGAACGCGCUCUUCCGCUGCCGCCGCUGCCGGUUCAGGUUGCCGCCUUGACCAGGACCCCGGACCUGUCACUGCCUGCCUGAGCCCCAACCACUCGCCACGCCAGAGCUGGUACUUCCACCGGCCUAACAAGCCCAGAUGACCGGCCUCUCGCUGCCAACCCCGCCCCCACCCACCGACCCACCCAUGGACGCCCUCCUGGCCAACACCGCCGACUCGCCCCCGCCGAGUCCCUCCGACAGUGGACCCGCCUCCCCCGCGUCCUCUCUGCACGACGACGUGGAGCUGGAGUCGGGGGUAGCGAGCGAAGCGGCGCUGAGCAGUGUGACCGACUCCUUCUACGAGGGCACCGAGAAGCUCCUGGAGAUCUGGUUCCACGACGCCCACACGCCGGACCACUCCAAGACGCCGGUGGUUGACCAACUGGGACAGCUGACGCCCGCGGCGGUCAGCGGCAAGCCCGCCGACCUGCGCGCCAUUCCCCGACCCAUGCUGGACGAGCUGCUAGGCCACGUCAACGCCACCAUCAUCAGCCGCAUCUCCACGCCGGACACCGACGCCUACGUCCUCAGUGAGAGCAGCAUGUUCGUGUCGGCGCGCUGCCUGAUCCUGAAGACCUGCGGCAGCACCACGCUGAUCAAGGCCAUCCAGCCGCUGCUGCAGUUCGUCCACAAGUACACCUGCUUCACCGGCGUCGAGGACCUGUUCUACUCGCGGAAGGACUUUCUGCGGCCGGAGCUGCAGGACGAGCUGCACCGCUGCUUCGACCGCGAAGUGAAGUAUUUGGAUAACGAUCUGGGCUUCCAGGGCAGCGCCUACUGUCUGGGCCGCGUCAACGACCAGUGCUGGUAUCUGUACUGUCUGGGCCAGCGCCGGCACCGCGGGCCCCCCGGCAACCAGCCGGCGGAGGACGACCAGAGUCUGGAGGUGAUGAUGGAGCAGCUGGACCCCGCGGUGAUGGAGAUCUUCACGCGGCGCUGCUGCUCGACGGCGCAGGAGGCCACGGCGAAGGCGGCCAUCGACAGCAUCAUCCCCGGACUGAAGAUGGACGACUUUUUGUUCGACCCCUGCGGCUACUCGAUGAACGGCCUGCUGCCCAGCGGCCACUACGUCACCAUCCACGUGACGCCGCAGUCCGCCUUCUCCUACGUCAGCUUCGAGACCAACGUCCCGGCCAGUCGCCACCUGACCUACCUGGACAUCCUCCAGCGCGUCCUCCACGUCUUCAAGCCCGGCAAAUUCCUCUUCACGCUCUACUCCAGCAAGAAGGCGCUGGCUUCUCUGAUGCAGCUGCAGCUGGACGAGUACGCGACCUUCGAAGGCUACAAGAAGAUGGACGUGCAGGUGUACUCGUUGCGCAACUACCUGCUGAGCUACCUGUCCUACGUCCAGGACAUCACCUGACUAGCGACGAUAAUUGGCCUCAUCGUUUGUGCCGCAUUCUACACACACGGCCCCACCCCAACCGCGCCGCUUCCGGCUAAUUAUUCUUAUUCAAUUUUAACUCGUCAUUCUUAAUAAUUUCACAUAUCACGAGAGAUAAAGUCGCAUCAUUUUUUCUGUUCAUCAAAACAUGAUGUACAGUAAUCAGUGUUUUCCAGUAUCCGUUUAAUUCAACGCGCCCGUUUAGAACAUUGUUGCUAGAAUUAGUAGAUAAAUUCUGUGCUGUGCUAUUCGGUUUGUAUCCAUUAUGUUCAUCCCGGCUUUGACGGGGAUUUGGUGGUGUUGCUGGCUGACUGCUGGGCGGAAGUGGCUGCUUGCUCUUGUUGUUUAGAGAAGACCUCGUGCUGUUGCAGGAUGUUUCUGGCUUGCAGUAAAAGCGGCAUAUCGAU